GAGGUGGAAAAGAGAGGGAGAGGGGGCGUGGCUGGCGCGGGUUGCGUAUCGCGUCGCUUGCUCACCUGGGGCAGCCGCUGUCCCUCCGAAGAACGCAGCCCCUCCUUGGAGGAGCAGCAGCCACCGCCGCCGCCAUGCCGCUCUUCGCCCCGAACCCCUUCGAGCAGGACGUCGAAAAGGCCACAAAUGAGUACAACACUGCGGAAGACUGGGGAGUUAUUAUGGAUAUAUGUGACAAAGUUGGAAGCACUCCUAAUGGAGCAAAAGACUGCCUUAAAGCUAUUUUGAAGAGAGUAAAUCACAAAGUACCCCAUGUUGCUCUGCAGGCCCUAACUCUGUUAGGAGCUUGUGUUUCAAACUGCGGAAAAAUUUUCCACUUAGAAAUCUGCUCACGUGACUUUGCCAGUGAAGUACGUGUUAUAAUAAACAAGGCUCAUCCUAAAGUAUGUGAAAAAUUAAAAGCUUUAAUGGUGGAAUGGUCUGAAGAAUUUCAGAAAGACCCACAAUUUAGUCUGAUAUCAGCAACUAUUAAAUCUCUUAAGGAAGAAGGGGUUACAUUUCCCACUGCUGGACCACAGAGUCCCUCAGCUGCCGCCAAGAAUGGUGCACCAUCAAGCAAAAACAAAGAGGAUGAAGAUAUAGCUAAAGCUAUUGAAUUAUCUUUGCAAGAACAAAAACAACAGCAAACAGAAACAAAAUCUUUAUACCCAUCUGUAGAAAUUCCACAGAACAAUCAAAAAAUCUCAAGAAAGGUCCGAGCCUUGUAUGACUUUGAAGCUGUUGAGGACAAUGAACUCACCUUUAAGACUGGGGAUAUUAUUGUUGUUUUGGAUGACAGUGAUGCCAAUUGGUGGAAAGGAGAAAAUCACAGAGGAAUAGGAUUGUUCCCAUCUAAUUUUGUGACCUCUAACUUAAAUGAUGAACCUGAGUCAGCAGCAACUGUGGAGAAGAAUGCUUCUUCUGAAGACACUGCAGAGGAGACUGCAAAGGCUGAGCCUGAACCAGUUUACAUAGAUGAGAAUAAAAUGGAUAGGGCAUUGCAGUUACUCCAGAGUAUAGAUCCAACAGAUCCAAAACCCGACUCUCCUGAUCUCCUGGAUUUAGAAGGUAUCUGCCAACAAAUGGGUCCAAUGAUAGAUGAAAAGCUAGAAGAAAUUGAUAGGAAACAUUCUGAAUUAUCUGAACUAAAUGUUAAAGUGAUGGAAGCUUUGGAACUCUACAACAAACUAGUAAAUGAAGCUCCCAUGUAUUCUACAUACUCAAAGAUGCAUUCGUCAGCUCAUUACCCACCUACAUCAACUGGUGUUCCAGUACAGCCAUAUCCUUUACAUCCUCACAGUGGGAACUACGGGCUUCAUGGUGUCCCUCAAGGGUACACUCCAGGAAGUGAUCAGAUUGGCCCACUGAGGUCCUUGCCUCCAAAUGUAAAUUCUUCAGGAACAUCUCAGCCUGCUCAGACAGCCUAUUUAAGCACCGGUCUAGAUUCUGUUCCCAAUCCUGCUUAUGUGAACCAGAAUUCUUGCCUUCCACCAGCUGGUACAGUUCCUUACACUCAACAAAUGGGCAUGCCUAUGGAUAUGCUAGCCUACCAGAACACUGCAUCCAGUUUGCCUCAAGGAGUAUGCUAUCCAGCACUUCCUGCUCACUCGCUUCAACAGCAACAAACAAGUUACCACCAGCAGCCUCUCCUCUGAAGAUGCAGGCUCUCGUCCUAAAAGCAGUCUUGAAAGUUGCUGACCCGUGUCAUUUAAAUUUUCCCUCCAUUAGUUUGAAAGGAUACUUCUGCUCAAGGGAAAUGGCAACCACACAAAUGUCAAUGUUAAAAUUAAUUCAGGUUCAGAUCUUUUCCUGCAAGCCUGUUUAAAUAAGGUGAGCUGCCAAUGAAUUCAAAAUCAAUGCCCUUCAGACCUUGGCUCAUGGAGCAUUCUGCCUAAUAUCCUGCCUAUUUAGAGAACCAAUCUGGAGUACCUUUCCCUUGUAAUACAUUUCAUAAGCGAAAGCUUUGAAAGCAAGUUCAUUUAUGCACCUCCUCCUGUUUGUUCUUUCCAGGCUUUAUUAAUGCUGUUGUUUUUAUGAAACCUUUAAGUUCAACUGCUAUCUCAAAAUCCAAUUUAUUUAGUUAAUUUGCUGUUCACUUUGCACCCCUGCUAGAUCAUCUUAACAGAUUGCAUUUUAUGAUUGUUCAAUAAAACAAUAGUAAACUUGGGGAGAAGAAAACUUCGAAUGACAGAUGUUGUUAAUGGCCUUUAUUUCUGCCAGACUGAAUUUCUUAUUUGCACUUCUCACAAACUAGUGCCAUUUAUUGUGACGGAGUAGUUCUUUCUUUCUGAGUCUAAAGUGUGUGUUGUUGGAUAUAACAUGAUUUCCCAGCACAGGAAUUGGGUCUUUUACACACACACACACACACACACACACACACACACACACACACACCCUUUAUUCACUGGCAUUGCUGAAUGCUUGCACUUAUGAAAGAGACACCUUUAACACUGGAAAGACAUGCUUAUGCUAUGAUUUAUUUACAGAGUUCAUGAUUGGGUUUUUGGUCUUAAUUGACAAAUACUUACUGAUAGAGGGAGGGAUCUAGGGCAGUAUGCCAUGACAAGGUACCAUUGUGUUCGUCAAGGGUCAGGAAGGAGCCUGGCCUGAUUUUUUUUAAGGAGAACCUCUCCCUCCACUUUGAGGGCCUAGUUGUCCCUUGUUCUCCAUAUACUUGCCUGGCUAUUUAAUAUAAUAAUAUCAACAGAUAACUUUAUAAGUUACAUUUUAUUGACUUACAUGCUGCCAUUGAGGGUGUUUUUUGGGAGGGAAUGAACAGUGUUUUAGAAAAACAAAAGGAUAGUUAAAGGCAUGGGAAUCUGAAAUGUUUGUACAUGAGUCUCAAAGUUCUUCUGAAAUUUGUUGUCUGUUGUAGAAGUACAUAGUACUUUGUAGUGAGGUCUACGUUUCUCCAAAUCAAACCUGCUUGUUGUCAUGCUGCCCUUUCUGUUCUUAAACUGGUGCUAAAUAGGCUGUUCAGAAGAAAGGUGGUAAUGAGGGGUACAGUUGCACUUUGGACCAGUGUUUCUUUGGUGGCAGCAAGGAGGUGUCCUCACUUGUUGAUUUUCUCCUUGACGAAGCCAUUUGUGCUUUUCCUUCCUGCAGACUUUUAAUUUGUUUAGUAGUGAUCUAAAAUGGCAACAUGGGACACACUACACAGGGUGAUUCAAAAAGAAUGGUGCAAAACCAAGUAAGAGCAGGUUUACUUUUGUGCCAUUCUUUUGGAAUCACCUGGUAUAUGUAUGUUCUCUCUCUCUCUCUCUCUCUCUCUGUGUGUGUGUGUGUAAAUACAUACACAAGCAAUUUCUCAUUUUAAAACAAUUAAUUUCAAAGGGUGCUCUUUAGAAUCCGUAUCUAGAGCAAGAUAAAUUUUUCUCUCAGCUCAAACAUUUUAUAAGCAAAAUGAAGUUUUUGAACAGUGUAGCUCCUUCAUAUUUGUGAAUACAUAGGGUAAAUCAAAGUUUUUAUUGAUCCACAUUCUUUGAUACUACAUUAAGUGGUGCCCAAUAUCUUAUUGUGAUGUGGAGUUGAAGCAAUUUUUUUCAUUGUAUUUUGUUCUUUAUAUAUAUAUAUAUAAUAUAUAUAAAUAAUGUCUGUAUAUAUCUGCUUGUCUUGAGAUUUUAUACACAACUACAUAUGUGCUCAUUCUCUAAAAAAAAGAAUCACUGAUUUUUUUCCUAUGAGGCUGCAUUUAGCUUUAUUGCUAGUUGCUGUAAUCUUAGAAGGCAGUUUUGCAGAUUGUAAAUAUGUAUAAAUUCUGAUGUUAAAACUGUAUCUAGUGUUUUGGUGUUAAUGGGGAUCAUCUUUCUCUUUUCUAUACUAAAAUAUUAUUUAUUGCUAAAGAGUGAUCAUAGUUAAUGCUGCUAAAGAAAGUAGCUACAGAUUUCAAUAGUUAGGCCCCAGACUCCAUUGGUAUAUGCCCUGAAUCUGAAUGGAGUAGAGAAUUAUUGCAGGCAUAUACCUAUUUUUAUAUUAAAAGUAAACACGAAAUGCUUUGCUUUUCAUGUAACUGAGUAAAUAAAGAAUUGUAAUAAGGGUUAUACUAUGAUUUGUCUCACAGAUGUUAAAAUAAAGUACAGUCUAUGUUUGAAGGUCAUUUUCCUAUUGACAGUUGUUUUUCAGAAACCCUUCUCUUUCCCAGUUUAAAUGUUGCCUUGUGGCAUUACUUGUCCAAAUUAUAACUCUGCCUGCUUUUUAAAAAACAUUCAUAGUUUGAAUCCCCAAAGACAUUGGUAUGCAGUGUGUUAGAAAUUUCAGCAUUUCUCCCCAUCCCCCAUAAUAUUAAAAUGACAAGACUGUUAAACAUGCCUUACUACUUGUCUGUUGACCUGGUUUUCAGUUAUAGACUUCCCAUGUUGUAGAAGAAUUGGAUGAAAGACUAUCAGUUAAAGAAAGGGUGCCUCUGUCACGUUAUUGCUGUGACUUUUCUGACUACCUUUCUGUUGUUAUCUGUGCAUUGAGCCAUCUCCAGUGCUGGCUUUUCAUCAGCAGAAUGGAAACUUAGUUCCUCCCUCUCUACAUGCUCACCCCAAAUAUUUCCUGGUAAAUCAGGGGAUCCUCCAUAGUACGUUGUUGGGUACAGGAGAGAUAAGAGGAGAUCCUAUUGGAUGAGCAGAAUUCUACUUGCAUUAUCCCAGCAUAAUGUAUGAAAUAGAUUUGUUGUGAUGAAAAUAGAUUGCAGAAUGCUUGACUGUCUUUCCCCUGGAAUAUCUGACAGAACACUGGAGUAAACUGUUUUGAUCUUGUAUUAACUGGUGAAAUGGAUUCUGCAUAGUACUGGAAAUGAGAAUGCCUUAGAUUUGCUCUUUGUAAGAGGUUCCCAGUGUGUUUACUUAUCCAAUUCACACAUUAAGAAUUUUUUUCUGCAACAAAAGACGAUUUGGGUGUUUUUAUACAACACAUUUGUCAAGCAACUUCCACUCUUUAACAGUUUGGAUUCUGAUUGUAUGAAAUAUCCAUCCAGCAUCAUGUUUGCGCUGACUUAAGGAAAUAAACCUGUUUAACAAAAA